GGAAUCAAUCGUCAAAAAAGUGAAAAGUUCUCCAGGUGAGGACGACAAAAACCAAAAACUACCGAGUUCGAGUUAAAAAUUUAAUUAUUCCCAAAACCAAUUCAAAACUCUUCUAAAAUCCAACAAUUUCCUCAACAAAUUAAAAUAACAAUCAACUAUCCCAAACCUAAACAAUCCCAAUCAAACAUAGCCACAAAUACGUUUUUUAAAUAACUUCAUAACUUUUUCUUUUCCCAAUAAAAUCGAUUCGUGAAUCUUAAGCAGAGAGUGGUGUGGGCGAGACGCAAACAAAAACAAGAAUUCAAAAAGAAAAUCCUGAAAAAUGUAAAUUUUUUGCAAAUUCAAUAAGAAAAAUAAAAUAAUUCGCUAAAAUAAUCAAACCACUUGAAGUCGAUCUUCAUUUGGACAAAAUCGAAAUAGAAAAGUGAUAAAAAUUAAAAUGUUUUAACGCCCAUAAUCUGCUUCGUAUCUGAAAUUCCAUAUUUAUUUUUUCCAAAGCAAAGGAAAAUUUUGUGCAAUUUCGGUUUCGGAAUUGAGAAUUGGAUCUUGAACGUUGGACGUCGUCGUCGUGUCGUCUUUUCCAAUAGCAAAAUAAAAGGAAAAAAUAUGCAAGUCUAGUUCGUCGUCGUCGUCGCCAAAUCGUCGUCGUCGUCGUGUGUUAUUAUUUAAUUAUUUUGUUUGAUUCUUUUUUUUUUUUAAAUAAAAGUUUUUUUUUUCUUGCUUAAAGAAAAGAUCAGAUCGAGAGGAGGGUUUGACGGUGACUCGACAACAACUGUGCUUUACAAUAAUAAAAAAAAGAAUACAAUUGUGCAAACAGGGGGUGUUAUCAGUGUUGCCAGGUUGCCACCCAAUUUCAAGUCUUUUAAGAUUUGUUUCUGUUCUCCUGUAAUCCGACUAAGAACAGAAACAGAAGCACGAAUCUGGAAAGGUUAAUCCUCGCGAAAAAUUAAAACAACUUAGAAUUGGAGCAGCAACUACAACAUCAGGCACAAUGAAGAAAAUAUUUUCCAAAUUCGACAAAAACGAGAAGCUCGAGAACAGCACCACCACCAAGGAGACGAACAGUUUUGUCGGCAAAGUUUUCGUAGUGGGUCGAGUGUCUGUGACAGUUGAAGAUGUGCUGGCAGAAGGUGGUUUUGCGAUGGUAUUUCUGGCCAAAGCCAAUUCAGGAAAUGCUAAGUACGCUCUUAAACGUAUGUACGUAAAUAACGAGCAUGAUCUGAACGUAGCGAAGCGAGAAAUUCAAAUAUCUAGCAACUUAAAUGGCCACAAAAAUAUAAUUGGCUAUGUCGACUCAAGCAUUACUCAUACGGGCAAUGGAGUUUGUGAGGUUCUUCUAUUAAUGCCUUACUGCAAGCAUCACAUGCUGGCCAUGAUGAAUGCAAGAUUGCAAGUGGGCUUCACUGAAUCAGAAGUUUUGACUAUAUUCUGUGAUAUCGCUGAGGCUGUUUCACGCCUGCACUAUUGUCAAACACCGAUCAUCCAUCGUGAUCUCAAGGUCGAGAAUAUAUUGCAAAACGAUGCAGGGAAUUUUGUUUUGUGUGACUUUGGUUCGGCCACUGCAAAGAUUCUUAAUCCCACGACUCAUGGUGUGACUGCAGUUGAAGAAGAAAUUCAAAAGUACACCACCUUGUCGUAUCGGGCACCUGAAAUGAUUGACUUGUACAGUGGAAAACCCAUCACAACUAAGGCAGAUAUUUGGGCGUUAGGGUGUUUGCUGUACAAGUUAUGCUUUUUCAAUUUGCCCUUUGGUGAGAGUACACUUGCCAUUCAGAGUGGUAAUUUCUCAAUUCCCGAUAAUUCAAAAUACACAAAAGGAAUGCAUCAGUUGAUAAAAUUUAUGCUCGAACCAGAUAUGGACAAACGACCCAAUAUUUUCCAAGUUUGUGAGAUUGCCUUUAAACUUGUAGGCAAAGAGAAUCCGGUACAAAAUCUGCACAAAUCUCCCCUACCCGUACUCGAACAACUGGCAGUGCCUCCUUUUGAAACAGAAUUCAAACGCCUACACAGUUCUACUACUGUAAAAGUCAAGCCUCAAAGUGUACCUAUCGUGGAAUCUGGAACAAGCGUUGCACCCAGACAACGACCCAAAGGAAGCUCGGCACACAGUCAGCACCCACUCUCGCUGGGUUUACCACCCAGUCCAUCGCCACGAAAUAAUAUAACAUCACCACAACCGGUAGUAGAACAAUUUCAAGCAAACUUCCCAGCAAUUACUGCUCCAUCUCAGCAGCAACCGGCACAACCAAUCGCAACCCCACAAGCACAGCAGCCAGCAGUCACAACACCAGUUCAAGCAAUGCAACAGGCAGUACCAACGGCACACACACAAGGGGGGGUACCCCCUCCGAAAGGCAAUAGAGCAAAUUUGGAUAGACUCUUUGAAUCAACGUAUCCGGAUCCAUUUAGUGAAGCUGCUAGUAUUGCAGAAUCCGCUGCUUCUAUCGAGAGUAGUCUGCCAGAGCAGCCAAUGUCACUUCCGCCCGAUAUGAUUGCAGCACUAGGAACUCCAACUAAGACAAUGCUAACACCACCCAAGUCAAGUGGUGGUCAUAGGCGCAAUGUAAGCGACACCUCAGCAUUCAAUAAAACUUUUGCAAACGAAACAUCCCAGUUCCUUGCUCCCUACGAUCAGUCUGUGAAGAGCCGCAGUGGUAACGUUGAAUCACCACCCAACAGCACUGGCGGCGGCAGUCAAGGAUCUAACCCUGGACUAUUCCUAUCCGAACAGAAUAUGGCCAAUGCACGCUUGCUAUCGCAAUCGAUUUCUGCUUCCAUUUCCAAUACAGAGCUUUCUAGUUUGCCAGCAAAUACGACGGGAACGUCAUUAGAAUCAGCUGCAGCAACUGCAGGUGCUUCACUCACCCUAGAAGCAAGAGUCGAUGCUUGGAAUCCAUUCGAAGACCAGCCCUUCAGUCAGAUGACUGAGGAUCAUAUUUUUGAGGUAGAAUUUGAUAAAAUUCGUCAGCGUGGGAGUCAAGGAAGUAUUACUGCAAAAUCUGGUUCUACUGCAUCAACAUUGACGCCGACUGAGAACAAUCAUUGUAGCAGCAAUCAAAUGCAAUCCACUCCAAUUCCCGUGGUACCUGCACCACCACAGCCAACAGCAGGAGUAGCCCCAGUUGUAGCACAAGUAGCAGCACAAACUGCAGUUGUUAGUGGUGGAAACGGCGGUGGGCCAACUAUAAAUCCCACAAUCCCCGAGGACCCAUUUGGUUCGGCACCAUUUAGCUUGCCACCGGGAUUGCGUGAGAAAGCCUCAGCACUUAGGAAAACCGGAGCUCAUCGUGGGAGUGCCAGCGGCAGCACCUCAGUAACGAUUCCACAAGCCUGUGGAACGACAUCUUCCACAUCAUCCAAAUGGCUGCUUUCACCAACUUUGGAAGUAAUUUCAAGCGAAGAAAAAGCUUCUUUGCUCAAUAAUUUGCGUUCAGAUUCCGAACGAGAUGGCGAUAGUGUUACCAUAACUGGGAGUUAUGUGAAAAUACCGUUAGAAGAUCGAAACAAGUAUGAAAAGUUACGAAGCAAUGAUAAUCCAACAUCAGAUGAUUCAGACUCUGAGUUCUUCAACGAGGACUACGGCAGUAGUAAGAAGACAAUUUUCAAACACAUCGUAACCAAUAACAUUCCAGAAAAAAUACACAAAAUCCAACAGGCAGCUUAUCACAAAGUUGAUAAGACUCAGAUUAAAGUUCCGAUCGUUAAAAAACUGCGGUCUUCUACGAAAGCAAAGAAUUCCACCUCACAGGCGGCAUCAUCAGCAAGUAAAACCGAGAAAAGCGGUAAUUCAGAGCCACCUGUUGAUGGAAAGAAAUCUUCUGAACGUGACGAAGAUGCAGAUUCUAUUGGAUCUGCGAGUGACUUGCGUGCUGAGGAUGAUGACUUCUUCGAUGAGAAUAACAUGAACUCAGCCAAUAGGUUCAAGAAACCCGUCAUGGACGAUGGAAUAAGUGAGAGUGUUAAGACGUGCAGUUCAUCGGCUUAUCACGCCGAAUGUGAGAGUGUCACAACUCACGAAGACGAUGUAAGUCGGGUCGUUGUGAAAGUACGAAUGAGGAAGAAGGACCGCAUGAGCGAGGGGAAUAAUAAUGUCAAUGAAAACGAGCUCAGUCCAUCUUCCAAUGACUUUCUACAUAAAUUUGGUGAUAAGCCUCUCCUACUCGACGAUGAACUGGAUUACGGCUCUGGAGACAGUGAUUCCAAAGGGAAGAGUGAAGAAUCACCAGAAGCUCCUAAUGAUGAAGAGGAGUUAGAUGUUUUUGCUAUGGCGCCCUUCAAGAUGCCUGUGGCCCUACCGAAGAAGAAGAAAAGUCGAGCCAAGAGUCUUCCCGUAGUCGAUACGAAGAAAGAAGAAGCUGAAAUCUGGACUUCUACCCCAAUAAAGGAGGACAGUCGACAAGGCAAACGCAACUCUUUCGUUACCUAUUUAAAUGAGGCACCAGCCUUACCCGGACCCCCUGUUUCAGUUCGUCCCUCAACUCUGACACCAAAACCUCGAAGACAACAACUUGAUGAAUUCAACGAGCCGGUUUUUAAUCCCUUUAUUGAUGGUAUAGCGCCAAUUAAGCCUCCUCCAGCAAUUCCGCCCAAGCCAAAAGUGCCAUUGGCAGCAAACAAAGUUCAAAGUUCCUCAGAUUUUGGGAUGGUAACUGUAAUCUCAGCAUCGCAGCCGUUGCCAUCUGAUGCCCCAUCGACUAAUGGGCGUGAUCUCUUUGGCUCGGAGCCAUUUCCACAGGUAAUUAGUAAAUGUGUCACCCCUAUAAGUCAAUUCACACCCGAUCCAGUCCAGCUGGUUACUGUAAACCACUCGAUAAUAAUAAACAAAACCCCCGAACCAUCUCCAAUAAAUAUACACCAACAACAACUCCAACUCCAUCAGCAACAACAACAACAACAGCAGCAGCAAAGUCAACCAAUUUCCUCUUCAUCCUCCACCACAAAUACAACCCAAUACAUGGGAUUUCCCGUGACCAGUGCUCUUAAAACCCCACACGAUUUCUAUCCAAUCGCCGAUAGUGACUUUGUACAAAUCGCCCAGGAUCAUUGCUCAGACUUUACCCCAGACGAUGAAGAGGAACCUGUUGUGCCACCAUCCAGUUGUGGUGGCGGUGCUGGAGGUAGUAGUAGUUCCUCGAAGCCAAAAAAGGAAAAAUCUCAUCUGGGAGUGCGAACUUUACCAGCAAAAAUCUCACAAAAAGUUAAAUCGAAUGUCGGAACCUACAAGAAAGUCUCUUCGUCGAAAAGCAAGAAGCAAUCAUAUGACAAUGAUGAAGAAGACGCUGGUUACUUUAAAUCAAACACAAUUCAAAGCUCAAAAGCUGGCUUUAGUAAUAUGAGCUUUGAGGAUUUUCCAUCCGAUCAAGAAAUUGAUCGUAUGUCGAAAACGAUCCCCUUCGAAGUGGUUCGCAAUGAAAAAAUGCUUCUAGAAGCCGAAAAGAAAUUCGGCUCUUUGAAAAGACGGAGUAAUCUCUUCUGUAUCCUUGUUAAAUGUGGAGGAUUUUCAACUCAACUAUCGAAGCACGUAAACGAAACCAUCGAUGGUGACCCCCUAUGGAGUGCACGCUACGAUGUCACUCAUCCUGAUGCAGUUAUUCGAACCCACUUGGAUUUUCUUGAAAAUGGCGCUGAUAUUAUCCUGUCAAAUACUUAUCAAGCUAGUGUGGAGGGAUUCAUGAAGCAUUUAAAUUUAACUCGAGAUGAAAGUAUUGAAGUGAUGAAAAGUAGUGUGAGACUAGCUAAAAGGGCCAAGGAGAUUUAUUUGAAGACAAAUUCUUCAACAUCUACUGAAAGUGGACUUCCCCUGGUCAUGGCAUCUAUUGGACCUUAUGGUGCACAUUUAUGUGAUAAAUCUGAAUACAGAGGGAGCUACGCAGAAAGUGUUACACCGGAUGUAAUGCGUGAUUGGCAUAGAGUUCGAAUCGAAGCUUGUUUAAGUGAAGGUGUUGAUGGUCUAGCAAUUGAAACGAUUCCAUGUCAAAAAGAAGCUGAGACAGUUGUUGAUCUUUUGUGCGAAGAAUUUCCAAGUACAAAAUUCUGGGUUUCAUUUCAGUGUAAAGACAACCAACAUCUUGCACAUGGUCAAAAGUUCAAGGAUGCAUAUUUGUCCAUACAAAAAAGACUUGAAGAUAAAUCAGCAAUUACAAACUGUAUGGCUAUUGGAGUUAAUUGUGUUGAUCCCAAGAUUGUAGCAUCACUAUUUCGUUCGGUUCAGGGAAACAACAUUCCAUUCAUUGUCUAUAGCAAUCGUGGUGAAGAAUUCGAUGAACAAAACGGCUGGACAGGUGCUGAAAAAUGUGUUCCUUUAGCAACAUUCGUCCCGGAAUGGUCUCAAUUGGGAGCGAAAAUCAUUGGAGGAUGCUGCCGGGUUUAUCCAAGCGAUAUUUUAAAAGCUGAAAUGGGACUUGGACGAGUAUUAAUUAAAGAUGGUGGUUUUGCAACCCAACUCACCACACAUGUGGGGGAUCAGGUGGAUGGUGAUCCACUGUGGAGUGCCAAAUUUAAUGCCACAAAUCCACAGGCAAUCAUUGACACACAUUUGGAUUUCCUUCAAGCUGGGGCAGAUAUAAUCCUAACUAACACUUAUCAGGCUAGUGUUGAAGGUUACGUCGAGUACUUAGAGAUGGAUGAGGAACAGAGCAUUGAACUGAUAAGACGCACUGUUCAAUUUGCAAAAGUGGCAAAGGAAAAAUAUCUACGAGAAUGCUAUGAUACCAAUCAGAGAUUACAAGAAGGAUUUCCAAUGAUCAUUGCGUCAAUUGGACCAUAUGGAGCCCAUUUACACGAUGGUUCGGAAUAUACUGGAAUCUAUGCUGAUUAUGUUGCACCCAGAGUGAUAGCCCAAUGGCACAGAACUCGAAUCGAUGCAUGCCUUGAAGCUGGGGUAGACGCUCUGGCCAUUGAGACAAUUCCGUGUCAAGCCGAAGCUGAUGCGCUGGUUGAUCUUCUUUGUGAUGAGUAUCCUGAAGUUAAAUUUUGGAUUUCAUUUCAAUGCAAAGAUGGUUUAAGUUUGGCUCACGGUGAAAGUUUCCGAGAAGCAGCUUUGUCUAUUUGGGAAAAGUUGAGAAAACGAAAAUGUGUCGACAAUUGUUUGGCCAUUGGAGUCAACUGUCUUCAUCCCAAGUUUGUUACUCAACUAUUCCAAAGUCUGAACGGAAAUCGUGCAGAAAAGGAUAAAAUCCCUCUUGUAGUUUAUCCAAAUAGUGGAGAAGUAUAUGAUGUGAGAAAAGGCUGGACCGGCAAAGAAGACUGUGUUCCUUUGGAGAAUUAUGUUCCUGAAUGGAUACAUUAUGGUGCUAAAAUUGUCGGUGGAUGUUGUAGAACUUACGCUAGAGAUAUCCAACGUAUUGGGGAUUGUGCAAGGGGCCUCAAGGGAAAGAAAAUUUAGUCUUUAAGUUUAUAAUGAUAAUAUUUAGGUACAUUAUACAUACCAUAUUAUAUGAAUAUGCAUAGAUUGUUGUUAUUUUUGUUUGUUGAUAUAUUUAGUUAUUCAAUGUGAAAAAUAGCAAAGAAUUAUAUUUUGAAAUAAAUUGUUUUUUACCUUAAAAAA